AUGGGAAAAUCCUCAAAAGACAAGCGCGACGCUUACUACCGCCUUGCCAAAGAGCAGAACUGGCGCGCGCGAUCCGCCUUCAAACUCAUCCAGAUCGACGAGCAAUUCGAUCUAUUCGAGCAUGAGAAUCCGGAGAAGGUGACCCGCGUCGUCGACCUUUGCGCGGCCCCCGGGAGCUGGAGUCAGGUGCUCAGUCGUGUCUUGAUCAAGGGCGAGAGCUUCGGUCGCAGAUCCUGGGUUGAGAAGAGGCGCAAGGAACAAGCGCCAUUGGCGAAAUUGAACGGAGAUGCACCGGCGGAGAACGAGGACACCGACGACACAGACUCAACCGCAUUGAAGCCACGGAAGAAUGUCAAGAUCGUCUCUAUCGAUCUGCAGCCUAUGGCACCCCUUCAAGGCAUCACAACCCUCCAAGCCGACAUCACCCACCCCUCCACCAUCCCUCUUCUCCUACGGGCACUAGACCCUGAAGCCUACGACUCCACAACCUCCUCCACGCCUCAUGCUGUCCGCCAGCCGCAUCCCGUUGACCUUGUCAUCUCCGACGGUGCUCCGGACGUGACAGGUCUGCACGAUCUUGACAUCUACAUCCAGUCCCAACUCCUCUACUCCGCACUCAACCUAGCCCUAGGCGUCCUCCGACCAGGCGGAAAGUUCGUCGCGAAGAUCUUCCGCGACCGCGACGUGGACCUCCUUUACUCGCAGCUCCGAACAGUCUUCGAGCGAGUAAGCGUUGCAAAGCCCAGGAGUAGUCGUGCCAGUUCUCUCGAAGCCUUCAUCGUCUGCGAGGGUUUCAUUCCACCCGCUAUCCACGAUGCCCAGCUUGGUAUGGACACUCUGAAGAACCCCCUCUUCGGUGGUGCAGCUGUACCGAAGCCUAUAUCAGCCGACGGGAACCUCGCCGCAGAGGUACCCGACGAGGAGUCAAGCACAGACAAGCCCGUCGCCACAUCAGCAGGCCCUCAAAGCAACGAUUUCCAAACUCGUCUCUUACACAAGGACUCAGGCGACUCAACCACACCUGAACCUCUGUUCAACAACCCUCAGAAGUUCGCGCCUGAGAACCGGUGGAUACCCUCGUUCAUUGCGUGCGGCGACCUCUCGGCUUGGGACUCCGAUGCUUCAUACACACUACCGCCUGAUUAUGUGAACUUGGAUCCCGUACAACCACCCAUGGCCCCACCGUACCGGCGAGCGCUUGAGCUGAGAAAGGAGAGGGGUGGUGCGUAUGGCAAGACAAAGUUGGGAGCUAUGGGGCGGGCGUGA